GGGACAGAGGGGCCGGGCCCAGGCAAAGCUCCUGUAGCUGCUGCAGCUGAGGCCGAGGCCGGGACCUGGACCGGGCCGGGGAGUGCCCGACGCGGAGGAGCAGGAGGCGAGGUCCGCCGGAGCUUCGAGCCCCCGCCGCUCUGCCGCGCUGUGACCCCGCACCCGGGCGCCGUCCGGACCCGUGGCUGUUCUCGAGGAGAUUGGUGGGGUCGCGGCGGCAGCGGUUGGGGGUGGGGAGAGGCGCGGCGAGGAGAGGAGAGAGGUCAGCGAGUUUGAGGGAGGACCGAGAGCUGUGCUGCCGUCAUGUCCGAGGACUCGAGCGCCCUGCCCUGGUCCAUCAACAGGGACGAUUACGAGCUGCAGGAGGUGAUCGGGAGUGGAGCAACGGCUGUGGUCCAAGCAGCAUAUUGUGCCCCUAAAAAGGAGAAAGUGGCAAUCAAACGGAUAAACCUUGAGAAAUGUCAAAUUAGCAUGGAUGAGCUUCUGAAAGAAAUUCAAGCCAUGAGUCAGUGCCAUCAUCCUAAUAUUGUGUCUUACUACACGUCUUUUGUAGUAAAGGAUGAGCUGUGGCUUGUCAUGAAGCUGCUAAGUGGAGGUUCUGUUCUGGAUAUUAUUAAGCACAUUGUGGCAAAGGGGGAGCACAAAAGUGGAGUCUUAGAUGAACCUACCAUUGCUACAAUACUCAAAGAAGUGUUGGAAGGGUUGGAGUACCUGCACAAAAAUGGACAGAUUCACAGAGAUGUGAAAGCUGGAAAUAUUCUUCUUGGAGAAGAUGGCUCAGUACAGAUUGCAGACUUUGGUGUCAGCGCUUUUUUAGCAACUGGUGGUGAUAUUACCCGAAAUAAAGUGAGAAAGACCUUUGUUGGAACCCCUUGCUGGAUGGCACCUGAAGUUAUGGAACAGGUUAGAGGUUAUGAUUUCAAAGCCGACAUCUGGAGUUUCGGAAUCACAGCGAUUGAGCUGGCCGCAGGGGCAGCUCCUUACCAUAAGUAUCCACCAAUGAAGGUUUUGAUGCUGACACUGCAGAAUGAUCCACCUUCAUUGGAAACUGGUGUUCAAGAUAAAGAAAUGCUGAAAAAAUAUGGGAAAUCAUUUAGAAAAAUGAUUUCAUUGUGCCUUCAAAAGGAUCCAGAAAAAAGACCAACAGCAGCAGAAUUGUUGAGGCACAAAUUUUUCCAAAAAGCAAAGAAUAAAGAAUUUCUUCAAGAAAAAAUAUUGCAGAAAGCACCAACCAUUUUUGAAAGAGCUAAAAAGGUUCGAAGAGUACCAGGUUCCAGUGGCCGCCUUCAUAAGACAGAAGACGGUGGCUGGGAGUGGAGUGAUGAUGAGUUUGAUGAAGAAAGUGAGGAAGGGAAAGCAGCAAUUUCACAACUCAGGUCUCCCCGAGUGAAAGAAUUAUCAAGUUCUGAGCUGUUUCCAACAACUGAUCCCGUGGGUACUUUACUUCAAGUUCCAGAACAGAUUUCGGCUCAUCUACCUCAGCCAGCUGGGCAGACCCCUGCACAGCCAACUCAAGUCUCACUCCCACUCCCCGCUGAGCCAGCAAAAACAGCCCAGGCUCUGUCUUCAGGAGCAGAUUCACAAGAAACCAGGAUCCCUAUCAGUCUAGUACUAAGAUUAAGGAAUUCCAAAAAAGAACUAAAUGACAUUCGAUUUGAAUUUACUCCUGGGAGAGAUACAGCGGAGGGUGUCUCUCAGGAACUCAUUUCUGCCGGCCUGGUCGAUGGAAGGGACUUAGUCAUAGUGGCAGCUAAUUUGCAGAAAAUUGUGGAAGAACCUCAGUCGAAUCGAUCUGUCACUUUCAAACUGGCAUCUGGUGUUGAAGGCUCGGACAUUCCCGACGAUGGUAAACUCAUAGGAUUUGCCCAGCUCAGCAUCAGCUAAAUGACAGCCCUGGAAGAGGAGGCCUCAGGAGAGUCCACACAUGCGUAUCUCUGUUGCUUCUGUUGGCCUAAGCCCACUACUGCCAAAGAACCCAGCAGCAAACCUCCCAGCUAGGAGCUUUAGAGGUCUUUCUGUAUGUUCUUCCUGCCAUCAUCCCCCCUUUCCCACAGGGAAAGAAACGUCGGAUCACCAGUGGCCAGCAUCCCUUUAAGAGUUCCGUUAGUAGACUCACCGCACACGUCCUCUCUCCCCCUCCAUCUGAGCAGCGGCCCCUGCCUCAAGGCCCAGGAGGGGGAUCUUUGAGCUCGCCUUGCCUUACUCCGUGUCAGCGCCGGGUGGAAAGGAGCAGCUCCCUGGGGCUUCCUUGUGCCACCUGUUUCCCCACACCUGGCAGGAUGUGGGCAUCUUAGGCUAUCUCUUUACCCCUACUGAAGUAGCGAUUAAAAGUUGAUUGUUCAGCCGGACCCCAGAGAAUUUAAUUUAGGGAUUUUUAUUCUUUUUGUAUCUGACGUGAAUUCUAGCAACCUUUGUUAGGAAGAAGCACAGCCUCGGCCGGAGGCGGCCUGACCUGUCUUCUGGUUUUGCUCCUGUCGUCUCGGAGCGUUUUGCUGAAGCUGCUCUCAGGCACCCUCUUCAUUACUCCCUCCGGAAAGGGUCGCUCGCCUUAACCUCAGCGGGUGCACAACAUCUGACUGCAGUCAGACUUCAGCCAGCAGGUCCUUCAAAGUGGAACUUUGAGCUGUUUUUAGAGAAAACAUCAAGUAUUGGCUUAUAAAAGUGAAUUUUCCCAGCAGUGGUUUUGGACAGAAAAAUCAUAACUCAUACAUUGUGGAAGUUAUUUAUUUUCAGAAUUUAAAAAAUUAAACUGAAGCAAAGCUGCUCCUCAAUCCUCCCAUGAAAAUCAGUUUGCCUGGCCUCCAAGUCCUGAGGAAACACAAGGCUGCGAUUUCUACAGCAAUAAAGGAGACUCCCCGGGUGGCGGGGCCGCCUGCCCCAGCCCUUCGGAGGGGUCCCCACUGCGGUGUGUGGAGCCCGACCCAAGACGGAAAGUGAAACCACAUGUGCCGUGACUUAGGACUUCUGAGUAGACAGUAUUCAUUUGAUUUUCUACAGAAAUAAUAUAAAUUAUUCUUUAGGUUUUAAAAAAGAGCACUCAUAAUGCAAUAUGUGAAUAAUCAGUGGGGUUGAUUUUUUUUUUCCUACUGUUUCACAGUCAGCCUUUGUCUAACUACAAAUAGCCCUAACACGUUUUGUAUAUGAAAGGGAUCCUCAAUCUGGCCUUAAACGACACACACAGAGGGGUUUUGGCCCAUUGAAAAGGGGAGAGCUGCCCCUUACACAGCGGUACCAGCCCUUCCCAGCACUGUUGGUCCGUGAAUAGUAAAAGGAUCGCUUGACCUAGUUUUCUCUUGGAGCAUCUCUGAAAGCUUUCCCACGACCGACUUGUCACAGCUCUGGUGUCAUCCUGAGCUUAGAGUUUCCGUCACGGGCUUUCUUCACCUACCCUGGGUGCAAAGGCAUGUUGGGAAAGGGGUGGAUGUUGGAGAGUAGGAGAGGGGAUGGGUCUGAGAUGGGGGUUGGGAGAAAGUAGAUUAGAGGAUCGGACACCAAAGUCCAUGGUCCCCACAGGAUUGUUAGCAGGAGGGAACCUGCUGGGCCUGGAAAGAGGGAAGAAGGGUGACAGGUUUGCUGGAAAAAAAUCACUUAGCUCUCUUUUCUCUCCUCCUCUCUCCUCUCCUCCUCUCUUCUCCUCUCUCCUUGUCUCUCUCCUGCUCUCCUCUCUCCUCU